GGACUAAUGGUGUCAACAAAAGCCCAGGAUGCUCUGUAGUCAGUCUUUCUCAUUGGUCACAGUCUGGUCACCUGUGCUAAAACAUGCAAGCACUGAAGCUCACAAUAUUUGUGCUAUGGAAUCUGACCAAGUGCCCACUCUUGGCUCUGGGGUCAAUUAUGAAGAGGUGGAUGCCCUGAGCCAGAAGCGAAUUAUUACAUUCAUCAAUGAGUUUGUAUGCCAGACAGUGACAUUCCUUAACAAAUUUGCUUCCAACUGUGAAGACAAACUCAUCACAGUUGACAACAGAUUAGAAAAGCUGGAGACCAUGCUGUCCAUUCUUGAGGCAAAGCUGUCUUCUGUCCCUGACCUGGCGACACGACAGACAGCCCCACCUCAGAGACCAGCUCCCACCAGUGGCGAAUCGGUGGGACCUGCGCAGGCGGAGGUUGACCUGUCGGCGCCGCCUCCGUUGGGUGGCGAUCAGUCAGCGGCAGUCCAGCCCGCUGACGACCCGUCGACGGCCGGCCUGCUGUGCUUGCGGCAAACUGAGCCUUACCGUCGCUACUUCCGUAUGCUGGAGGUGGGCGUGCCGGAGCCGGCGGUGCGGCUCAAGAUGUGCCAGGAGGGCCUGGACCCGGACGCGCUGCAGCGGGGUGGCGAGCUCGUGCCGCCGCCGGACGUGCCGACCGUCCCGGCCAGAUCCGACACCGCAAGCUGGGCGUCCGACUCCAGCGGCAGCUGAACCAUGCCUGGAUCUAUGGUGGCCGGCCACCGUGAGGCGACGCAGCGCGUCGGUGGCGAGAAUGAUCAGAUAGACUCAGUGACGAAGGCAUCCCUGGUCAGAUGCACGAUUCUCAAUGAUGACGUGGACGUGGCUGUACACAGUGAUACGUGGUGAGGAGCUGAUCUACUUGUAUAAUGGUUUAUGAUGUGGGGCUGUUCAAUGUUGGAUGAAGGCAUUUGUUGUGAUAUGCGUGUCAUACUUUUGCUUCAGCAUUAUUCCAUUUCGAGACGGAUUUGCAUGUAACGUGCGUGCACACAGAAAAUGGCUUCAUCCAUAAUUGUGUUGUGCUUUCCGCUGCGAUCGGCUCACCUCUGCAGCCGAUGAAAUCAUUGGCGCAUGCUAUGCCGCAAGGGUCACGUUACGUGAACAUGUCUGAAUUUUUGCAUUAGGUAGUCACGGGCAAAAGUACAAAUAUCUCGCCUUCUAGGUCAGACGUUUUGAUGACUUGAUUCGUGGGAUUUACUUUUGUCUGUCAUGAUGUCAGGCCUCGUCUGCCAUUCAAAAAUAGGAGACAUUUCUAAGGUGAUCCGGCCAAUGAUCAGCCAGCCGAUCCUGAUGGCACUGCUCCACCUGUUAGACUGCUUCACCCUCUGCAGGUACACGCUUAAGUGGCGGCCUGAUAUCAGAAAAGCGAUCACGCUACCCAAGGUGUGCGUAGGCACUUACCCAAACAUAUUUGACGGUAUUUGCCACAUUUGGCACCAGAUCUGUCCACGCACGUUGUGUGAUUGGUCUGCUGCAGUAUACUGGGUUGGACAUGGGCCGACAGACUCUCAUAAGAAAUGUUGUUAGUGGAGGUAGAUGAGUAUUCUGCGGGCAUGCAGGAUGCAGGUCACAAUAAUACAUGUUUAAAUGUU